CAGCGUUAGUAAUAAGCGAUGUGAUCACGUGAUUCCGCAUGGAUUUCCUAAAAUGUAACAAAUGAUGUUACUUUUCACUGCGCUAGAGGAUACUUUUAUUCUGAAGGAUGCAGAGAGGAAGUGUUGUCGUCGCUGUUAGGAAGCGUCAUUUUUCCUGCUUACCUUCUUACGCGUAGCUCACAGCUCAGUUGGGAAACUGACAGAGAAGCCAGCAACACGCCGGCGUGACAACCGCAGCGUUCGAGUGCACAGUGCCUUAAAACAUGAUGAACCGUGACGUGGCUGACCUCCCCAGCGGCCCGCUCGAUGUCUACAGGAACAAAGCCUCCUUCAGCUGGAAGGACAUGGUCCGCUUUAUAGAUGGAGAAGAUGUAUAUCUAUUCAAGCAACAUGUGUUCAGGACACUGGAGAACGACCCUCUGUUUGCCCGUCAGCCUGGUGAAGAUGUCCCCAUAGAGAAAAAGAGAGAGUUGACCUUUCUGAGAAUGAAGCAGCUGCUUCGGUACAACUUUGUCACCAAGGAAGAGGCGAUGGCCAAUCCCUGGAAAGCGAUGUACCUCGACGACUGUCUGGGCAUGUAUGACUGGGCCUUGGUUGCUAAGCUCUUCCUCAGCCUGGGGAUGUUUGGAGCAACUGUUGCCAACUCAGGGUCAAGCAGACAUAAGAAAUUUGUUGAAAACACUGAAGACAUGAGGAUCUUUGGAUGCUUUGCAUUGACUGAGUUGAGCCAUGGCAGUAACACCAGAGCCAUGAGGACCACGGCCAAGUAUGACCCCUCUACUCAGGAGUUCGUGAUCAACUCUCCGGACUUUGAGGCUGCAAAGUUCUGGGUGGGGAACCUGGGAAAGACUGCUACCCAUGCUGUGGUGUAUGCUCAGCUCUACACACCUGAUCAGGUGUGCCACGGACUGCACUCUUUUGUUGUCCCGCUGAGAGAUCCCAAGACCCUGCUGGCUUUGCCUGGUGUGCUGGUCGGAGACAUGGGGAAGAAGCUGGGUCAGAAUGGACUGGAUAAUGGGUUUGUGAUGUUCCACAAUGUGAGAAUCCCACGCGAGAACCUGCUGAAUAAGACCGGAGAUCUGACUCCUGAUGGUCGCUACGUGACACCAUUUAAGGACCCUAAAAAGCGUUUUGGGGCAUCUCUUGGUGCCUUAUCAGGGGGCAGAGUGUAUAUCACCAGGAUGGCUCUUAUCAACCUGAAGUUAGCUUUGACAGUGGCAAUCCGCUUCUCAGCUGCCAGGAGACAGUUUGGACCCACAGACACAGAGGAAAUCCCUGUUUUAGAGUACCAGUUACAGCAAUGGCGUCUGAUUCCGUACUUGGCGGCAGCCUAUGCUCUUGAUAACUUCACCAAAUCCAUCAUAAUGAACUUUGUUGAGUUUCAGAUUGGACAGAUGUUGAAAGACAACAGUGACACAGCAGGGAUGGGCAGAGAGAUCCAUGCAAUUGGUUGCUCCAGCAAACCACUGGGAUCAUGGACUGCUCAAAGAGGCAUCCAGGAGUGCCGGGAGGCCUGUGGUGGACACGGAUACUUGGCCAUGAAUCGGUUGGGUGACCUGCGUGAUGACAAUGACCCAAACUGCACAUAUGAAGGAGACAACAACGUACUGCUGCAACAGACCAGCAGCUAUUUGCUCUCCUGGCUCCAUGCAAAACAGCGUGAUGGUGUGCGGAUUGAGUCUCCCUUUCACACCGUGGAUUUUCUGGAGGAGUCUCAGGAGAUCCUCAAAAGCAGGUUCACUGCACUCACAGUGGACGACUGUGUGGAUUCUGCAGUGCCUUUGGCAGCCUAUAAGUGGCUUGUGUGUUUCCUGCUGGAGGAGAGUCAGAAGAAGCUGGAACAAGAGCGAGCGUCGGGCAACAAUGACUUUGAAGCCCGUAACAACUGCCAAGUUUACUACUGCAGGUCACUGGCCUUGGCCUACAUUGAGCACACCUGCCUGCAGAGAUUUCAUGAGCUGACCACUAAUCAGGACACACCAGCUGGUCUCAGACCAGUAUUAAGGAAACUUUGUGCCUUGUAUGGGCUGUGGAGCCUCAGCAGCCACAUGGCGACACUGUACCAGGGUAAUUACUGGAGUGGACGUAAGCCUGCUGAGCUGGUCCAGAUGGCAAUCCUCACUCUCUGCUCCCAGCUAAAGGAUGAUGCAGUAGCCUUAGUGGAUGUCCUGGCACCCACCGAUUUCAUCCUCAACUCACCUAUUGGCUGCGCUGAUGGACAGAUUUACAACCACCUGUGGUCCACAGUAAUGCAGGGCAGCAAAGUGCUGGAACGUCCAUCCUGGUGGAAGGAGUUCUGCUCAGACAAACCUGUGCUUGGAUCUCUGCGGCCUAAACUCUAAAACCCAGUCGUGCUCUGCAAAGGAUCUCUGCGUGUCUGUGCAGUGCCUGAAUUUGCUUGGGCUCAAAUUCCAACAAUGUUAGGAAAUGUUGAACAAGUCCAUUAAAAACUUUACAAACUCAAGAUUUCAACAAGCUUUCAUGAAUCCUCUGCUCCAUACACCGACAUUUUCAUUAUCAUUUAGUUGCACACGAGUGCUUAAACGUUAAGAAAACUGUGUGCUACUCAACAAUAAUUCAAAUUAGUUGCAGCCCUAAGACCUCGAGCAUUUCUGGUAACAUCAUUGUUGGUUGAUAGCUGGUGUAUUUUUAUAGUUUAACCGUCUCUGCGUCCAGUUUUUCUAACUUCACACCAGAAAUGUCGAUAUGCUGUUUUUUUCAUCACAUUUGUAGAUCUACACAUAGACUUGUGUAUCACUAUAACUAGAUAUAGAAAGAUGCAUUACACAGUAUAUACAUGUGUGUAUAUCAUCAAAUAAAAUGUGGCGUAUCUUCUGUACGAAAA